AAUGGCUGACUUUUCAUUUUCAGAUGUGGAAAGUCACUCUUGCUUAGGAGACUGCUGAACUAGUGAUGGUUGUUUUCUAGAAUCAAGAUCUGUGAUGGAUUCUGCAAAAGGUCGUUUCAAGAAAGCAAUUCGUAAAGAUGCAGACAAGAGAGCUAGUAAUGAUGAUAACGAUAGUGAGUUUAGCAACAGUGAGAAUAUAGGCUUCAAUCCAAUGGAGGAAGAUAAAGAGAGCAAGAAUACAAGAAUCAGUGAUGAAGAAGAUGAGACAAGUGACAAAGAAGAGGUAGCCCUUAGGAAGACGCUUAAAGAAAAUGAAGACAAAGAAGCUGGAGACACAGAUUACAGUAAAGUUUACAGUAUCUCGACCACUGAAGAAGUGACACAGCAGGCAUCACAAGCUGAAAGCAAGGAUUUCAGAAUUCUCCAUCACAAAUGCCAUUCCCAAAACCCUGGAAGGACAGAACAUGAUGAAUUUCUAAAGAAGUUAAGGCUACACAUUUGGUCAUCCCUAUCAAGCGCUCAGUAUGUCAGUCUGUUAAAAGACUUCGUUGAGUCUGAAUUCUUUGUGAUAGAUGGGGAUUCCUUACUACUUAUGUUUUUAGAUGAAGAAACACAAUGUCUAAACUUCUUCUACCAAAUUGAAUGCUUCCUGCAGGAUUUCACUGAAAAAGGAGCAAAAUAUGUCAUUGUUUUCUUCAAGGAUACAGAACAGAUGUACUUUUCAUCUCCUCAUUUCCUUUUCUUACGUACUGCAUUAAUAGAACACCUGAGGCACAACACAGGCACCACUGUUCAUACAGAAUUUUCCAAUUGUUUGUCAUCUGAAUGGAAGAUUUUCCUGAAGAAAAGCUAUCCUUACUUCAUCAUCAUAUCUGACAUAGGACUGACAUCUCUCCAAACAGACUAUUUCUCUAUUUUAAUUGCUCAUUCAUUGUCAAAGAAAAUCAACGUUGUGCUUGCUUCAGGACAGGAGUAUGAUAUUCUUAGAGUUUAUGGAUAUCAUGUUCAGAGCGCGUAUAAACACAGAUUAUUUUUUCAAAAGUAUGCACGAGAUCUGGAAUACACCUGUGCAAACAUAGUCGGGUAUCAAGAACCGUUCAUGAGUCUAUAUGAACACCUCAAGCUGAGCCUGAAAAGCAUACAAAAAGAGGUUCACCAGACUGUCCAUCUGCUGAAACAUUUGUGGCCUGAAGGAUCUGACAUUCGGCGUGUGGUCUGUGUUCUUGCUUGUGCUGUAGGAUUAAAAAUAUACAGCAACAUGUUGGAAAACACAAAGCCAUCCAAGAGAGCAGAGACACGGCAAUCAACAAGAGGAGGAAGUAAAUACCUAUCUCCAGAAGAAGCAGCUGACCUCUAUAGAAUGCAAUGCCUUACAGUGGCUUUUCUUCUUCAUAUGCCUCUUUCACAGAGAACUCAGAUUAGGAUCUUCCAGUCCUACUGGGCUAAGCGAGUUUUACCAUUAAUAAAAGUGCAACAGUUGAGUAUGCAUUUUGCUCUGAGGCAGCUAAGUGAUACAAAUGAUUGGAAAUUGGAUUUAACUUACCUGCCUGACUUAAAUGAUGAAUCACUGCUCAUAAAUCUUGCAUAUUACUAUGAGGCUGAAAACACUACAGGAUUAGAGUUGGAAUUGGGUGAAGAAAUGGAGAAUGAAUACCAAUAUUUAUGGAACACUGUAACAAAACUGGCCGUGAAAUACAGUUUUGGAGAGGCUUUCCCAAUACGACAGACCUCCCAACUAUUUCUUGAACAGAAAAAGACAUUACUUAAAGUCUAUGAAGAAGAAAUUCCUAACACUGGACUAAUCUCAGUGAGAUCUGAUCUUGUGGAAGAAUAUGCUGGAAAUGUUUUGAAAGACCUACCUGCUUUAGCAAGCAAUGAUCCUGCAGUUACUUCACUUAUUAAGUACAAGGAAUUCGAUGAGCUUCGUCACUGGCAUUCUGGCAGACCUUUGACGGAGGAAUAUGAGCGAGUAUGGUGCGAUGCUGAUGCAAAAUCCAAAGAUCCAGAAGAAAGAAGACAAAUGCAAAAGUUACAGACUUUUCGUCAUUUUUAUGGAAGCACUUUGGAAAGCAGCACUUCAAAAGUUAUUGUACAGCAAGAGCAAGUGUCCAGGAAUGCUAACACUGCUGACAAAAAGAAACAAAAAAAGCAUAAAAGUAAAGCGGAAAUAAUUGCAGAGGAAAACAACAGGCGACUAAAAUCUAAAGAAGAAAAGACAGAACAGGAGCAAUGGGAAGCCUUGCGUAUAUCCACUGAAGAGGAAAUAAAAGAAAAUCUGACUGUUGGAAUAAAUAAAUUGGAUGAGUUUCUCAAGACUCUUAAAAAUAAAUCUGUGAAAUUCAGCAUAGAAAUGAGAGCACUGUCUGCCUGUUUAGAGGUAUGGAAGAAACACUGCAGAGAGCAAGGUGAAGAAUCAAAAGAUUUAAGCAAAGCUGUUCAAAUCAUGAGGAGGAUUCAUAUCCUCCUUGAAAAAUAUCAAGAUCUCUUGGAGAAACCACACCUACAAAAGCUGAGCAGAUAUCUAAGACGUCUUGGAUUUGAGGAUUUGGCAUGCUCUCUAUCUGAGCAGACAAGAGACAGUAAAGAUAAGAAGAGAAGCAAAUAUGCUGUUGAAGUGGGUCCCGCUCGCUUUCAGCUACAAUACAUGGAUUAUUACUUGUUUAGGGAAGAAAGAAAUGACCCAGAUCCCCGAGUGCAACAUUUUAUACCAGACACAUGGCAGCGAGAACUUCUUGAUGCUGUAGAUAAUAAUGAGUCUGCGGUGAUUGUUGCUCCUACUUCAUCAGGAAAAACAUAUGCAUCAUACUAUUGCAUGGAAAAAGUUCUGAAAAUGAGCAAUGAUGGAGUAGUUGUUUAUGUUGCUCCUACAAAGGCCCUUGUAAACCAAGUGGCAGGAACUAUAUACAGUCGAUUCACCAAGAAGCUUCCAGAUGGAUUGGCAAUGUGUGGAGUAUUCACGCGAGAUUAUCGCCAUGAUGUAACGAAUUCUCAGAUACUAGUGACGGUGCCUCAGUGUUUAGAAAUCUUGAUGCUGUCUCCUCGUACUCAGAAAUGGACAAAAAGGAUACAAUAUGUAAUAUUUGAUGAGGUCCAUUGUCUUGGUGGUGAAAUUGGAGCAGAGGUUUGGGAGCAUCUUCUGGUAACAAUUCGGUGCCCAUUUUUGGCACUUUCUGCUACUGUCAGCAAUCCGGAACACCUAACUGAGUGGUUACAAUCUGUGAAAAGGUAUUGGCAACAUGCUGAGGAUACAAUGGAAGGAAGUUCCACAAAUUCUGAAAAGAAGCUUAUGAGAAAAUGUAAAGUGAAAUCUAAAGUACGAGAACAAAAGAAAUCAUAUCGUGUUAGACUAGUCUUGUAUGAAGAACGAUACAAUGAUUUGGAAAAGUAUGUGUGUUCUUUAAAGGACAAUGAUUUUAUCAUUGAACAUUGUCACCCGUGUGCUUCAUUAACAGUCAGUCAUAUUGAGAACUAUGGCAUUCCUUCAGAUCUUUCUCUAUCUCCACGAGAGAGCAUCCAGCUUUAUGAUGCUAUGGUAAAUGUCUGGCAAGAGUGGCCAAGAGCACAGGAGCUAGAUCCUGAGGAGUUUGUCUCUUUCAAGAAUAAAGUAGUAAUAAAAAAGCCAGAUGUGAGGAAAUAUGAACAGGAACUGAAGAAAGAACUAACCAAAUGGAUUGAGCUUGGCCAAAGCCAGAAGGUCAAUGAGCUACUGGAGGACCUUAAGCCAAAACCUGUGGAUUGCUCAGGAAAGGAAAAGUGGGAGCACUUUGCAAGAUUUGUUGAGAAAUUACAUGAGAUGGAUAAGUUGCCUGCCAUAUUUUUUAUAUUCAAUGUGGAUUCAGUAGAACGUGCAGCCAAGAAUGUAUUCUACAAUCUGCUGAAAAAACAAAAAAGUUUACAAGACCCUGAUACUGAGAGGCAAAAAGAAUGCUUAAGGAAUGAACUAGCAAAAGUGAAAAAAAUGCUAACAAAAUUCCCUCCGGAUUCCAAAAAGUUGAGCUCCGGUAAAAUGCAACAAUUGGUACUUCUUUUGACUAAAAAAAAACAGUUAGAAAUAAGUCUUAAAAAGCUAACUGCUAUACCUUCUGAGUGUACCUAUGCUGAUCCUAAAGCAGUGGAUAAAAAUACUUUAGAGAAGAUUUUUCAUCGGCUUAGAUUUGAAAGAAACGGUCAUCUGCAGCAAGUGAUGGCACAGAGGGGCAUUGGGUACCAUCAUGGAUCUAUGAGUGCCAAAGGAAGACAAGCAGUGGAAAUGCUUUUCAGGCUGGGAUAUAUCAAGGUAGUCACAGCUACUUCAACACUUGCACUAGGAAUCAACAUGCCGUGUAAAUCUGUUGUCUUUGCUGAAGAUUCUAUAUUUUUAGAUGCCCUAAAUUACAGACAGAUGUCAGGACGUGCUGGAAGACGGGGACAAGAUAUGAUUGGAAAUGUGUUCUUCUAUGAUAUCCCAAUGCCCAAAGUCGAAAGACUUAUCAAAUCCAAUGUACCUCAGUUGAAAGGCCAGUUUCCUCUGACUGUUAGCUUAAUAUUGAGACUCAUGCUGUUGGCUGCGAAGGCUGAUGACAAAGCAGAUGCCAAAGCAAAGGCAUUGUCAGUAUUGAAGCACUCACUGAUGUCAUUCAAAAAGGAAAGAUAUGCUGAAAUAUUAAAAAUUUAUUUUAUAUAUUCCCUGCAAUUUCUUAUCAAAGAGUGCUACUUGGAUCAAGAAGGUAACCCCACAGGAUUUGCUGGACUUGUGACACACUUGCACUAUUAUGAACCUUCAAAUUUUGUUUUAGUGAGCUUUCUUGUGAAGGGUUUAUUCCACAAACUGUGCCAGCCAAUUAGAGGCUCAACUGUUUUUUCAGAAGACGUGCUGGAAAAGCUAGUGCUCAUUCUAGCAAACCUCUUUGGGAGAAAAUAUCUUCCAGCCUGCUCAAUGCAAUAUAAACACCAGUUUUGCCAGUCAAAGGUCUUUCUGGAAGAUCUCCCAGAAGAGUUUGCAAAUGCUGUAAAUGAGUACAACACCAAAGUAGAGGAAAAUUUUGCUCAUUUUCUUCUGACAACUGCCAAGCUGGCAGAUAUGGAAGAAGAAUACAGACUCCCACUGUCAAAGACAGAUUUUACAUCUAAGAAUUGGCAUGGCUCAGAACUAGCAUCUUAUUUGAUGGACAACACUAAAAGAGUAUCUGCCAUCUCACCUUUUGCGUGUUUAUCUGGAGUGGUUGAUAACAGUCUAUUUCAUGGGGAGAUCAUUAAUAAAGCUGUCUUCCGUUCCCUUGGAAUUAAUGUCACAAACUGCCCCCUGUUUUAUUUGAAGAAGUAUGACAGUCAGGGAAGGAGGAGGCCACUCAAUGCAUAUGCACUGGACUUCUAUAAGCAUGGUUCCUUGACUGCAUUGACAACUGAUAACUGGUUAAAUGAAGGAGAUGCUUACUACGCACUCAAGGAUUUUUCACUCCUCAUUAAGUCUAUUGGAACAUCACUGAGUGAACUGUGUGAUGAUCCAAAUGAUAAUGUUCUACUGGCAUUUCAACAACUGGGUGAAAUCUACGAAGAGAAAUUGAAGAGCGUUGGCUGAAGAGGGGAAAAAAAGCCGUAGUGCAUAAUAGUCGUACCAAACAGAUCAGCUGCCUUUUAGGUUGUGACUAGUUCUGCGUUAUCAAAUAUGUUUCAUAAUAAAGCCUUAGUAAUAUCCAAUAUUAGAAAUACAAAAUUUAGUUUAGAAAAUCAACCUUUACACAUCGAUGUUGUAGCAGCUCCAAUGUAAACUAAAUAAUUGUUUCCAAUAGGUUAUAAAACUAGGUAAUUGCACAUAUCUGUCAACUGCACUUUUAUUUUUCAAGCAGCGAUAUACAUGUGUUAAGACAGCUCUCAGAAAUAUAAGGAAUAAAUGUCAGUUCUGACAGCUGGUAUGAUUUCAGGGCAGCAUUGGAAACUUUGAGCCCAUUUGUGAUGUUCAGCAAUUACUUCAGCAAUUGCAAUCAAAUAAAUUGUUCUAAUUAUUUUCCAAGGUUUCUGUUAGGCUAUGAAGUAGUACCUUCAUGAAACAUUUUAAAAGCUUUUAAUUUAGUCUGCAAUUUUAGUCUACAAAAGAGGUUUUUCUAUCAGUGCAAUGAAGUUUGAUAAAUAAAUUGUUCCAACCAUAUAUAGAAAUGCUUCAUUUUUCAUCUCUUGUACCCCUAAGAGUAAUAAAGAUUCAGGACACCUCCAGCAUAUGUAUCAAAGUGUCUUGCUAUACAAAUUGAGUUUAGUAAAAGAAGUUUCCUAACUAUUUUCUUGGGUUUUUUUUUCUGGAAUGAGCAAAGCUUUCAGCAGUAUUUUCAGUAAAAUUCUUCAGUUUAACACUUCAUUUUAGUCUGCUCAGUCUCAAAAAAAUACGUACACACAACUAAUGUUUAGAAAACAUAAGAAAAUUAGGCUUUGACAACAGUCCUCAUUUCCACACACUAUUUUAUGCAGAUGACCAAGACAGCACUGUAAGUUAUACUCUAUUGAUAACAAGCAAAAUGUGCAUAAGGACAAUUCAGAAUCCAAUUUCUUCAAAUUAACUCUGGGGUUCAUCAAUCAUUCAUGAAGUCUAUGACUUGAAUCUUUUUUUGGCAGCAUUGAACUACACGCAGCACAUUGCCAGGAGAUAUUGGGAGGGAAAACCUGUAUGUAGUUGGGUACUGCUGCUGAGCUACCAUCAACUGACUUGCUCUUUGUUCUUCUAUUUUUUCAAUGUGUGAAACAAAAUUAUGCCAGAAACAGAACACAGUGGUAGAAAAGUCUGCUUUAACUUUGCUUGGACAAUAAAAUUUACUCCAAUUAUUCUUUAUGGUUUGAUAAUCAUGUCAUAUGCACAUAAAUCUUGCACAGCUGUUCCUCAACUAGGGUAGAAGUGACUUUAUUUAGGCCUUUUCACAUUCAUGUUUCCCUGUAUAAAUAGGGUAAUCUUUUUAGCUAAGGUACAAUGAAUUGAUCAAGGAAUAAAGUCAGAAAUUGGCCCUAUUGUGUUCUCAGUCAUUUGAUAAGUAAGCAUGAUCUCCUGUGUGGAAAACAAACUUAUUAGGUCUAUCGCUGGGUACUAAGUUUAUACGCUGAAGACUGUAAUGUCUCUUUAAACAUUAGUAAUAGCACUCAGCAUUUCACUUUAUUAAUAAAGUACACAAAACCCACUUCACUCCUGUUACAGUUUUCAGUAAGGAGUCACUAGUGAAUGAUGACCAAGUGUUUAAGUCAAAAUGACCAAGGAAUCAAUUUAUGGAAAUAUUAGAAAAAUCAGUAAUUCUACUGAUUUAAUAUCUGAAUGGACUGUAAAUUUACUGUAACCUAUUGUAAAUAAAAACCCCAUCCUGUUUACCAUUUAUCUCCCCUAUAAAACCUUAAUGCUGAGCUAUAACACACUUAGACAAUAACUUGCCAUGCUUGAGAAGUUGUCCUAGGACCGUACUGAACCCCAACACCUACAGUUGCUGCUUUUAAAAAUAACGUAUCAUAGUCUACCAGCUUUCUGGUUUCAUAAUGGUGCCUUUUCACUAAAAGACAAAGUAUCUGCUUUCAAGUUCAACUUUAUUAAACUCCAAUGAAACUGCAACUGAACUGAGCAGAAGAUACACUUAAAAAAGAAAAAAAAAGCAAUUCUAAGAAACUCAGUAGAGUUUCUGCAUAACCCUAAUUUGUUAGGAAUUUUUUUUGCCACUGUAUCAGAAAAGAAACAUUUUCUAAAGUUUUCUGUCCACAAGUUUCAUAGACGCCUUAUCUGUCUUCCCAAAAUUGUUCAAUUUCUCUUGCUUUCACUGGAGUGAGAUCAGCCUCCAUCCAUGACACUUUCUGGCUUUAUCGCCACAGCCUUUCUUCCAGUAAUUUAACUUAGUACCUUUUUAACAUUUCUCUCCUACACAUGCAGAAGAACGUGACAAGAAUGUCUAGAGGUAAAGCAGAAUAACUCUUAGGAGAAAACUGAAAUACAAUAAGACUUAAGACAUAAACAAAUAACUCUAAAACUAACAAUAAAGAGAAUUUUCACCACCUUCCUUAAUGCAGAUGCAAAGGGAAGUUUAGCAAGUUUUAUACAUUCUAGAAUCUACUUUUCAGCACAUUUAAUAGAGGAACGGACCCCACAGAAAAACUAAGGCAAAAAAUUUAAUGCAAAUUAAUUUAACAUUAGAUCAACAUUUCCUAAAUGAAGAAUAGCAUUUCCAAGUACUCUGUCACAGGAAGUAUAUUGGUAAGCCUUGCAGAGAUUUAAAUUUAGUAAUAUUUCUCUUAUGAAGUUACAGAAAUAAUUUGGAUUACUUUUUUAAAAAGAAAAGAUGAGUAUCUAGUUCCCAGUCAAGAAUUCUGACGGGAUAUUAAACGUUCUGAUCUAAUACUUUCCAGCUGACAUAUUUACCCAAUAUAUGAUUCAUUUAUUUAAUAUCUGGCAGCACCUCUUGCUGGAGAGUGAACACUAAAUGAACUGAAGCUUUAAUCUGAAAUAGUACUACUGUCCACAUAGUCUAACAGUAAACACAUAAUUACCUCUUGGAUGCAACAAAAUGGUUAAUAGGUUAGAAAAGAUGGUAUUUUAAUCCUCACUUUGUAUCAUAUUUCACAGACUAAAAAUUCAAUGAGUUUGGAUCAUUAAUACUUACAGCGAGAAGUGCUGUUUUCCUGUCAUUGCACAAGUUUUAAAAUGAGAUUUUUGUGUUUGAAAAGCUAGAUUCUCCUAAUGCUUUCAUCAAGACAGGAAGUUAGUAUCUGUCCACUGACUCCCAAAUUGGUACCAAAUGGAGCUGAAAAUUGUGAUGGUUACUUUUCAUAAAAGCAUCAUUUCAGAAGCGUAGCCGAUACCCUUCCACAACACAUAAGAACAUAGAUGCAGUGUUUAAUUUCAAAAGCAUAAGAGAAAUUAUUGACAUUACAUUAGAAGUUGCACCUUCAAUAUACAUUAAAUGCAUUGUAGAAAAAGAAAAAAAUCACUGAAGGGGGAUACGCAAAACGGGUUUCAGUAAUGCCCUUCAAUACCCUUUAUUUUCCUCAUGGCUCUGCUCCCUCCCUGCCUAUAAUGGGAGGGCUACUGUCUGCACCCUCAUGACUAAUCUAACCCCAGUGCACGUGCUGCUGUACCAAUACAGCAAUAUACCGCUUCCCGUUGCUGAGGCUUCACUGAACCUGCCUUCUGUGACACCUCAGUCCCCCAUCCCAGUGACACUUCACUUCUUGGAAGGCCUACAUUCUUAAAGAUACAGCAUACAUGAGCAUAUUUAAGU